UGCAGAACGCAGCGUCGUCAUUUAUUCAAGCAUGAGAGGGAAAAACGCUCCACAGUUUCAGCAUCCGCACGGACGGAGGUUCAUUCAGAAGAGAGCACACACCGUGGACAUCGUUUUGAUCAAUUUGGGAGGCAUUAAAUAGAUAUUCAUUUGGAUUGGUUUCAUGGAAUCCCGACCUGCUUUCCUUCAUCCGCCCAGAAAUGAUGAGCCCAAGGCAUGCUGGGAUUCUGAGUCCAAGCCCUCAGGACAGCACAGAAAAGGAAACAUCUCUCCUGGAACCAGGAUAAGACUUAGAGAGAAUCAUGGGAUUGAAGUAGAAGCUAGAGAGCAAGAGGAGAGAUCCAACUCCAGGGAAUCCACUGGCAAUGUAAAAACACUAAAACACACAGCAUUAGCUACCGCUGCCAUUCCAGCCGCAGAACCCCUCCCUGCGUCCACAGCUGUGUCACGAAUACCCACCAUGCACUCAGCUACGACCAAGCAGGUCACUGCGAGAACAGUCAACACAACUGCUAUGACUAAAAUAGCAUCAAAUCAACCAACCAAAGCAACUGCAUCUGGAGUGGAGGUCUUAAGUUUAUCCAGUCAACCUCAACCCAGUGGGCCAAAACUGAGAUCCCCAAAUGCAAGCCAUGAGAAAAAGCUACAAGCGAAAACAUUUCCCAAAAACAUCCAAAAGACAGCCUCAGCUUCUCAUAUCAUGGGCUCCGCAGACUCCCCACAAAAGACACUUCAAAAAACAGCUUCUGCUUCCCAGAUUUCCUCUACUGACUCUCCCAAAAGUCUCAACCGAAUGUCUCUCUCACACAUUCCUCGAGCCACUUCCAGCCCCAAACUUAAACUACCCCACCCUACAUCUCUCAAAAUGGACAAAACUGAGCGGAAUAGAAGAGUUACGGCCAAAGAGGGACCGCUAUCGACCUCUCCGAAAGAUAAAAUGAUUGACACGGUGGUGGAGAGCAAACUGCAACUGGGGGCGAAAACAGCAGGAGAGAGUCCUCAGGGACGCCAGGAGCAAGAGAUAAAGAGCAGGAUUGAGAGAGAAGGAGAAACGCUAGGAGAUGAAAGAGAGGACACUGUCCUUCAGGAAAGAGACCUCACCGUGAUUUGCUCAAUAGGGUGCAAACAAACCUCCUCGCUGUCAUCGAAACAAGCAACAGACACCUCUACUGAACAGCUGAAAGAGCCUGAAGACAAGACUGAUGCAAAUGUCAGGACCCAAGAGAAACAUUCAGGGAAUAGUCAGAGACAGAAGGGAAAAGAGGAGGAGAGACAGACAGGAGAGAGAAAGGAUGAAGCUGAGAUUAAGAAGGACAAAAUGGCAACUGAGGUCAAGAAGGAUACAGUGAUGGAUGAAAAGAAUAAGAUUCUGACAUCCAAGCAACUGAAUGAUUGCUUGACAAUUGAAGGUUUCCCAGUAACCGAAACAAAGGAUGUAUCACUGCAGGCAGAUCUGCAUCCGGUGUAUGUUGACGUUGAGGUCCAGGCGGUCAUGGAGGUCUGCAGCAGAUCAACAGACAUGAGUCCGGACCGUGACUCUCAACCCCGUCAAUUGGACCCUGAGGUUAACCUCAACCCUAAAGUUGGCCUACACAAUGAUUUCAACCCCGAUAGACCAAUGGGAGCCAAGCCUAGAUUUCUAGGUCCACCUCCUUACAAAUCUCCCAAUAGCCAGAAACCUCUUCAACAUGUGUGUCAAAUAGAGAUCGAACUUUGUAGCCAGUCGCCGCAAACUCUUGGUUCGGUUCCGCCGAAAGUCACUGUCAGUGAAUUUGACGCAACUUGUCAACUUUCACCCAGGGUGCCGGACAAGACCUCCGAAGGCUCCUUAAAGCCGCUAGACUCUGGGAGAACAGGAGAAGUGGACGGAGAAAAGGAGGAGAAUGGUGCACCUCAGCAGAUCAUCUGGGAUGAGCAGGGAAUGACGUGGGAAGUGUAUGGAGCGUCGCUGGAUAUGGAGUCACUGGGAUUUGCUAUCCAGAACCACCUGCAGUGCAAGAUCCGUGAACACGAGCGCCGCAUCGGCACACUCCGGAAGUCCAUAUGCCUCUCAGAACAAUCGCACGGAAAGGGCAGGACAGGAAAGAGGAAGAGCAAUGUCUUCAGAUCACUGUUCGCUGGAUCUAAUUGCUGCUCGAAACCACAACCCAAAGAGGAUCUGCCAAAGUGAUUUAUUUUUCAGUAACACUUUAUUUCCACUUUAGACAUUCUUCUAACUAUGAGUAACUUUGCAACUACAUGUUAACUAGCAGUCAUUAGAUAGGUAGACUGUCUCCUUAAUAUCUGCUAACACUAUUUUAAUGGUCCCCCAACAGACCACCUACUGACUAUCAGUAACUUUGCAACUACAUGUCAACUUAUUCUACUAACUUGGCUUGUUGCGACAGUCAUGUUACCGGUGUUCAGCCGCAAUACCGGUUACAUCACUUGCCAACCACAGCACUGGCUCCCAUCGUUGUUUUUAUUUUUUAUAGUAAAUAAAAAUCAUUUAGUUCAGUUAGAGAACAGACACUAUAAUUAAAAACUGAAUGUGUCUGCGCAAUGCAGUGUGAGCCGAAUGAGAGUCCCAGCACAGAUCAGCAGCAGGAGUCAGAUUUCAUUUAUCACAAGAGUGAGGAGCUGACUGACAAGACAAUAGCGGAAGAUUUGGUUUCAAAGCGAAAUGUAAAAGUGCCUAUUUGGCAAAAUUUUGGAUUUAAACCCAAUGCUAAUGACAACCUGCAAAAGAUUAGUUGUGUUUUUCUAGUUGUUGUGUUUAUCAUUAAGAAUAACGCUGAACCCGCCAUUCAAGCAAAUGCCGCCCCGAAUUCAUAAAAAAAUGGGAACCCCCCACUGGUGUUGUCACGUGUCCAUUAAUCGGUGGGAAAAUUUCCUUACUGUUACAUCUCUACUACUAACCCUAACUCUAACCUAGUCUACUAACGAGAGUUAGUUGACAUGUAGCUGCAAAUUAAUGAGAGUUAGUUGACAUGUAGUUGCAAAGUUAGUGGAGUGUUUAAAGUGGUUUACCAAAGUGUAACCAAUUUAUAUGUAAAUGUAUUUUAUAAAAGGAGAAUGUAUAGCAGACUUAAAAAUGUCAAAAAAUAUGUAGCCAAUUGUUUCUUCACAAACUGGAAGGUCUUGAAAUUACUUCUUGUCAAUGGCCGAGUCCCAAAUGGUGAACUUCAUGUCUCAUGGCCUACGCAUGUCUAUGAAGUGCAUGAGACUGUAGAGUGUCCCAUUUGUCAUUUUAUGAUUCAGAAAGCGUCACUUUUUCCUGCACUGAUGCAGACUGGUUCUUGGUUCUGGAAGGUUAUUAAAUGUCUCUUAAAGGUGCUUUCGAGGGAACGCCUCCCAAAACUCGUGCACGAGUAUUGGAACAUGAGUGUUUGUUUACCACCGGCAUUCGCUGUGUCGUGUUAGUGGAUUCAUUAUGUCAGGCUCACCACA